UUGAGUACACUGAGACAAUUCAACAGUCGUCCUGGUUCACGUUAGGAGGAAACCUUUAAGUUCCUCAAGUCAGCUUCUGAUUAGCUGGACUGUGGUGCAUACGUUGACUUCAUGCAGCUAGCACCAACAGCUUGAUUGAUCAGCCCAUUCGCUGGGAGAGUAGGCCGUGGGGGCAUUGACCCUUGGAACACACUUGAGGCAGACUACAGGUGGGUAUGUAGAUGGUGGGUGGGUAGGUGGUGGGUGAGUGAGUAGGUGGCUAGAUGGUGGGUGGGUAGAUGGUGCAGUGAUCAUAGGUUAUGUGAAGGGGGUUCUGGGGGCACCGCCCCCCUGCAGCCAGGUCCCAGAUCAGGCCUCCCUGUUGGCGUAAUCAAUGAAGUUGUUAGUAUUAGCCGCUGGUAAUUCAGUGUAUAGAUGCGUCACAACGCAGCUGAUUAGGAACUUGAGGAACUUAUCAAGUUCCUUCUUAAAGACGGUCACCAGUCUCUUGGUAAUGAGUUAUAUAUAAAAUAAGUGUAUUGGAAAGUCUUGGCCCCAAGUGUUGGAACCAGUGAGAGAAUCACGUUAGACCGUCUAUCAUUAUACUCAUAAGUUGUGUCUAUCGUUCCUUCAAAGCUUCGUCUCUUCUUACAGCAAGUGAUUUUACACAUAUUAAGGUGAACACUGUUUUAAGCUUUGGUACUGACGUAAAUACAGGAAGAAUCUUAAGGAAAAAGUGUGUAAGGAAUGUGGAAAGUCAAUGGCAUGACUUGAACUCUUAAAAGUCCUCGUGUUGUACCUUUUAUAGUGAUUGUGAUGUACCUUUUAUAGUGUUUGUGAUGUACCUUUUAUAGUGUUUGUGAUGUACCUUUUAUAGUGUUUGUGAUGUACCUUUUAUAGUGUUUGUGAUGUACCUUUUAUAGUGAUUGUGUUGGACUAUGUGCUUGUGCUACAGAAACUACGAGAUGUGAGUGUGAUGGAGAGUUGUUGUAUUAGCGAGUGUUAUGAUGGAGUUGAGGCGUCAGGAAGGUGUGUACACCAGAGCCGAGGAGAUAAUAAUAAUGGUAACUGGUCAGAUGGUAGAUAAGUGGUGGAUGGUGACCACCUGUCAGGGAACACCUUGAAACUCUUCACCACUUGAGUCUUACCAGUGGUGGCUUGGCCCUGGCCCUCUAUUGGGCCACUGGUGCCACCAUCUGUGUCAGGAGACACCAUCUCUGCCACCAUACGUCAGUAUUUCUUUCUUGCUGCACUUGUAUGACCAGCAGCAGCAGCUGGUUGAUGUUCCCUGACGUAUCAUCCAAGACCAGCUGUGCGGGGUGUCUGGCCACCUGUGCGAGGUGUCUGGCCAGCUGUCUUAGAUGAAGGUGCCAGAAUGGCUACUGAGGCUGCGGAAAGGCGCUACCACCGCACCUGUCUCAGGAGUGAAGAAGACACACACUGGUGGAGGUGAUGGUGAAGUAGAGCCUCCAGGUUCCUCCAUCAGCACUCCAAUACUCCUUCACUCCACCAGUCACCUGUUGCAGCCAGUGGUGAGAACAGGUGGCAGAGGCAACAACAGGUGCUCACCCAACAGCAGCACAUGUGUCAGUACUCCAGUAUUGCCAUACUUGUCUGUCAGCAAGUCUGCCAGGGCUUCGCCUCCGUCCAGUUCCGUCUCCUUCCAUGGAGAGCUCAGGGACAGUCAUGCGUGUGGAGAGCCCUACGUUUUCCACCGCAAUACUGCUGCUCGCCUCAGUCUGGCUAGCAGUAACAGGAGCAGUAACAGAAGCAGCAACAGGAGUACUACAUUGAGUCAGAGUAGCAGUAAUUCAGUGUCGUACACUCCUAACAGGACCCUUGAAGCUAACAGCAAGAAAGUGAAGGGAAACUCACACACCUACACACGUUCUGGACAAGAUGUGCCUAUCAGUAGCAGCAGCAGCAGCAGCAAGACCAAGAACCAGGGAUUAAGAAAGCUCCUGAGGAGUAACAGUGUUAGAGAGAGACGUAACUGUGCUGGUAUGGGCACCAACUCUGACUUGUGCCACACAAACAACACAGUGAAUGCAUGCUUGGAUCCCCCAGCACUUGUAAAUAUAAGGAGACCGAACAGUGCCACAGAGGAUAUAGUUGUGGGUGGACGCCAGCCAGGAAGUAUGAGAGAUCCGUCAGUGUCCUCACAUGGUGCUCUGCUGCAUCACAACAACCUUCCCAGAGAAGCUCUGAGGAAGAAAUCCUCAAAGCAGAAAGACUCGCUCUCAUCUUCGUUCCGGUUCUUCCGAAGACCCGAGGGAAUACAAGUUAGGAAGCGCCAAGAUAAUAAUGUGGAUGUUGAUGACAGCUACUCUAGAGAGCCACUCCAGCAUGUUUCAACCCCAUCUUUAGCACCAAAGCUGGUACAUGACACAAAAGUCCUCGACAUAAUGAAACUCAACAAUAGCAGGAAGCAGCCACAGAAUAACAAUGAAAAUGCCCGGGGAAUGUGCAGGUUUUCCGGACUUCUCACAGAGUCCACUAAAGCAGUUGAGAGGAAUCGCUCAUUUCGUGUUUUAAGAAGUGUAAACAUCACUCCAGCGGAGCAUCAAACAUGCAUCACUUCAAAUGAUGAUAAACAAAAAAAUGCCAGAGUUCUUGAAUUUGGAGGUCAGCCAGGCAGGAAGAGAGGUGCCAAGAAGCAGAAAUUUAAGACCAGCCAGCAGUGUAAAUGCAGAGACAACAGCAACAACUGCAACAGAUGUAAAGAUUAUAAACAGAAUUACAGUGAGGUUCUUCCUCACAGCUCAGCUUACGAAGACAACUUAACGAAACAGGUGGAGAAUAAAGAGAGCAGAGCUUAUACUGAAGACAAGCAGAGAGAUGUUAAUGAGGGUGAGAGAGAGACAUCUUCGUGUUGUAACGAGAGGAGGCCAUCAGUGCGAGAAGUAUUAGAGAAUUAUGAACAGCUCUACAUUGCUAGACGUGACCGACCCACAGCACUCUACAUACCAGUUGAAAGAAUCAGAGAAGCAGCUGAUGGGAAGAAUGCACCAGAUGUCAAGGAAUACCUACUGGAAUAUGAUGAGCCAGGAAGACCUAUUUCUGUAGGUGCAGAAGACUCCUUGGAGAGUCUUGCAAGGAGGAGUCCCAACUUGUCACGCAAGAGAAACUUGUCACCAGCCACAGUGGAGAUGAACAAGGCACACAAACCUUGUUGUGUGUCUGGUGAGAGUCAACUUGCUACAAAUUCACGAAGUAAAUCCCAGAACAAGGGUGACCAUAGAAGUCGCCAGUUAUCGACAAGAGAAGAAGAACCAGGAGUUUAUUCUAAACCACUUACAUCUAAAAUUAUUAACCAGGCAGUAAAAGGUGGCCAGGCAUGCCCAGAGGUCAUGAGCAGUGACCAGGCACACCUGGAGAAGCUGUAUAACCCACUGGUGGAGGUCAUGGGAAGUGGCCAGGUACACCUGGAGGUCAUGAGAGGUGGGCAGGCACACCUGCAGGUCAUGGGAGGUGACCAGGCACAUCUGGAGGUCAUGGGAGGUGGGCAGGCACACCUGGAGAUCAUGGGAGGUGGGCAGGCACACCUGAAGGUCAUGGGAGGUGACCAGACACACCUGGAGGAGCUGUAUGAUCCACUGGAGGAGGUCAUGAGAGCCCUAGAAGAGAAGACAAAACCAUCAGUAACAAGGAAAGACUCCAGUGAUGACGACUUUGUGGAUCUGGAUGAGAUUUUAGUAGACUACGACUUUCCAGAAGUAACGACCAGUACUGCCACAAUACUCAGAGGUGAGGAUGACAACUUGGAGUGUGGAUUGAGUUACCUGCCAUCAACUGGAUCUUCAGCGGUGCUGCGGUCUGCCACACCGCCACCGCCACUGCCACUGCCACCUCUUUCCAUCACCACCAUGAGCGGCAGUUGUAGUGCGCCUGCUGCCACUCAGCCCACUGCCACAGUCAUCAACACACACCCACCUGCCCUUCCUCUCAACAGACAACACUCCUUCCUGCCUCAUCCUCUUAACAUUACACAUACACAGGAAAAUGGUGGAGGUGGAGGAGGGGGAGGAUCAGGACCACGCCUGGGGUCACCCGACCGCUCAGAGAAGAGCAUUAAGGUGCACGUCAACUCCUCCUUCAACGUAGUCAAGUUUGGCGAAGGAACGGACUUGAAGGAACCAAGUCUUAAGACUAUCAUAAAUGUAGUGAUCAGCAGACAAGCUCCUGGACCUCGACUGUACGAGGGAAUGUUUGCUGUUAGACUACACAACACUAUUACCAGGGAAGUGCACUGGUUACACCAGGACCUGACCAUGUACCAGGUGGAAGAAAAAUAUCCAGAAUUCCUGAGUGAAGACUGGAAGUUUGAACUUCGGGUUCGGUAUAUCCUCUCCGACCUCCACCAGCUCUAUGAGAAGGACCGUGACACCUUCUGCUACUAUUAUGAACAGGUUAAGAACGACUACCUGGAAGACGAGAGUCGAGCCAACGAAGGGAUCGACCAGGAUAUUGCCACUCAGCUCGCUUGUAUAGAAAUCAAGCGACUGUUUAAGGACGUGUCUAGCAGCACCCUGGAGAAGAAGUCCAACUUUGAGUACCUGGAGAAGGAAGUCGGCUUCCACAAGUUCCUGCCAUCGUCGGUGCUCAACUCCAUGAAGGCCAAAACCUUGCGCAAGGCUCUGCAGACACACAUCAAGAAGUACGGUCAACUCUCCGAGUCGGAGUGUUACUUUAAGUUCCUGGAGUUGUUAAGCAAGGUCAGGAAGUAUGACCAGGAGUCGUUCCGCUGUGCGCUUGGGUCUGGCUGGUCGAUACCUGUGACCCUGGUGGUGGGACCAUCAGUGGGCAUCUCUUAUGUGACAGACUCGGCCAGCAAGCCUCAACACAUGGCAAGUUUUGAGCAAGUGCAGAAUGUUGACACACUGACCACUGACUGUGCCGUCCACCGCAAGGCUCUUGUCCAGCUCAAGGUAGCAGGAACGGCAGAAGCCCUGAGCGUCACCUGUCCCAGCAUCGCCAGUGCCGAGAGUCUUGCUGACCUUAUAGAUGGAUAUUGUCGCCUAGUCAACAACACCCGCACCUCCCUCUGGAACACUAAGGUUCAUGUUUGGAAGUCUUUACCUUGCCCGUGCCAGAUGUCACAAGAAGUGAGCGGGUCCGGCAGCGGGAGCUCUCGACACAGCUCCGAGACCGGGAGAGAUACCAAGAGAGGCGGUGGUGGUGGCGCCUCGGAAGACUAUGCUGAAAUUGUUGAUGACGAGGGUGACUACUCUACUCCUGCGACCAAAGAUUACGAGCUGGAGCGUUCAAGUAUAGACAUCGGAGAAAUCAUCGGGGAGGGUCAGUUCGGUGAUGUUCACACUGGGGUGUAUCACUCACGGGACGACUCUACGGUGCUGGUUGCCAUCAAGACCUGUAAAGUAGAGUCAGAAGGAACCAUGGCAGAGAAGUUCUUAGAGGAAGCUUAUAUCAUGCAGCAGUUUGAUCAUCCCCACAUCAUCAAACUCAUUGGUAUUUGCUCUGGGUGGCCGUUUUGGAUCGUGAUGGAGCUGGCGCGUUUUGGAGAAAUGAGAGCUUACCUGCAGAACAACAAAGACCGCCUCAACCUGGCCACUCUGGUGCUCUACGCCUUCCAGCUCUCCACAGCGCUCUCUUACUUGGAAAGCAAAAAAUUUGUUCACAGAGACAUUGCUGCCAGGAACGUGUUGGUGUACUCUCACGACUGCGUCAAACUGGCCGACUUUGGUUUAUCACGGUGGGUGGAGGAACAGAGCUAUUAUAAGGCCAGCAAGGGUAAGCUUCCCAUCAAGUGGAUGGCACCAGAAAGCAUCAACUUUAGGAGAUUCACCAGUGCUAGUGAUGUCUGGAUGUUUGGUGUGUGUAUGUGGGAAAUAUUAAUGCUGGGAGUGAAACCUUUCCAAGGCAUCAAGAAUAACGAUGUCUUAAAGAGAAUUGACAAUGGAGAGCGUCUGGCCCUCCCUCCGAACUGUCCGCCACGUCUCUACUCCCUCAUGUCCCUGUGCUGGACGUAUGAACCGUCAAAACGACCUUUAUUCAAAGAGAUCAAGGAAGUUUUAAGCGAGAUCCUCAGAGAAGAAAGAAUGCAGCAGCACGAGACAAUGCGGCGAGAAAACCGUCGAGUUCAAGGCAUGUCUUGGGGUUCAGAUGAGCCGCCGCCUAAGCCAGCUCGAGUGCCGAUGAUGGCUGGAGGCCGAGGACACACUUCAACACCUCCACCACCCUCCGGUCUAGGGUCACCGCCCCUCUACGCCCCCUCGCAGGUCAGUAGCAGUGGUCCGACCACCUACAUCGUCGCCCAGACCCCAGAGGUGCUGAGUCAGCUGUUGCGAGACGACCACAACCGGGCUGCCAACGCUCCCGGCUCGUACAUAUCCCCGGCCUCUGUCCUCAACACCCUGCCGGUCGAUUUUGUCAACACGCCGCGCUCCCCCCCUGCCGUUGCCGCCACUCAGUCUAACCCCCAUUCCCCAUUCUCUACGUUAUCUCACCCCCAGUCAUCUCAUACCAUGCCAUCGCAUCACAGCGGUGGCCACUACUCUCCCCACUCAACUCUCUCUGCCCCUCACUCACCCCUGGGCUCCCCUUCGGGGGCAUCCACAAGGCGCCGGGGCGGCCGAGGGGGCACGCUGGAGCGCGGGGCAUCGGCAGCUGCGGGGGGAGGCUGGGGAGGAGCCAGUGAGGGCGGCUCUGGCUCGCCGUCGCCGGUGCCGUUCUCGCCACCAUCAACACUAGUCAAGCGUCAGGGAAGUCAGCACAGCAAUACAGGCGAUUGGUUGAGUGGCGCAGGCAGCCUAGGAGGACCAAGCAGUAUGGGUGGCUCAGGACUGCCUGCAGACGUGGCCGAGCUACAACACAAGUUGCUGGAACAACGACUCAGACAGCAACAGAGACAGACAGAGGAAGACAAUCGCUGGCUCACACAUGAAGAAAACAAUAUGAGAAAGCGCAUGUCCCUUGCCAUGAGCGCCUCUGACAAGUCCGACUCAGACAGUGACUCCCCUGGCACCUACCACCCACCGUCCUCACCUUCACCUGCGCCAACACAGGACCACAGAGAGAGAUCGCCCACUCCACUCUCCAAUGGUUCUGGCUCGGUGCCAGAAGAACCAAAGAUCGUCGUCAAGCAAGUUGAACCGACUCCAACCGCCGACCUGGACCGCAGCAACGACAAGGUUUAUGAGUCGACGAUUCACGUGGUGAAAGCCAUAACGGCGCUGACACACGACGUGAAGGAAGGUCACACCCAGCACUACCUUGACCAUGUCAAGAAGGUCGGAUUAGAGUUAAGAGAUCUUCUAGGAACAGUCGACACUCUCAUCUCUACCAUCCCUCCAGCAUCACACAGAGAGGUGGAGUUGGCACACAAGGUUCUCUCCAAGGACAUGACCGACCUGGUUCAAGCAUACAAACUGGCGCAGAAGUACAGCAACACCACCCUGGAUGAGGAGUACCGCAAGCAGUUGCUUGCAGCGGCACACGUGUUGGCGAUGGACUCCAAGAACCUCCUUGAUGUGAUAGAUGGGGUCAGAGUGAGGCACAACAUGGCAGCAUUUUUGCCAAAUAAACAUUCCGCUGUGUGAUUCAUUAGAAGUAGUCGCCGCUCGGGUACUUCCCGACCGUGUCUUAAACACAGUGCGAGGAAAACUGGUCGUUGGCACAGAGGAGCUCCUCAGGCACAUGACAGACACUGUGUACCAAAGACUUGUCGCUACCGGCCAGGCUCCCAUCAACCAUUCAUUGGAUACAGCGUCACUGAGGACUGGUCGUUGGCGCCCCCACUUUCCGUGGAUGUGCGUUGGAGAAAGUGCACCCAGGAUUGGUCGCUGGCACCUCGACACACUCCAGACGUGCACUGGAUAAAGUGCACCCAAGACUGGUCAUUGGCACCCCAACACUUUCGUGAUGUGCACUGGAUAAAGCGCACGAAGGACUGACUGUAAACCAAUGCUCAUUACAAUUUGAUUUUUACAUUUGCAAAUAAUGUACUUGAAGUGACCUUUGUGCAUUCUGAUGCAAGUGACAUCAGUUGCACUAAUUAUUGGUUCUUAGUAUAUAAUUGUGAAGCAGUUAUGUACUAUACAAGAUACUUUAGUGUCUAAAAUAUUUCCACUUUUGGUCAGUGACGGAGUGGUGGCGAAUACAGUGAGUUUGGGGCACUACUGCCAUUGUAGUGGAGUGUAGGUGGCAGCAUAGCUGGUCUGACAACACUGCUAUAGUGAAGGAUGGGCAACACUAUAGUGAAGGAUGGGCAACACUAUAGUAAGGAUGGGCAACACUAUAGUGAAGGAUGGGCAACACUAUAGU